UCUGCUUCUGCAGCUGUUCGCAAUUGAUAAACAGGUGUGUCAUCCUGAUUAGGGUCUGGAUUGAUGGAAGCCAGGCUCGCUGCGUGGAGAGCUAAGAAGCGCAAGGAAGCAAUGGUGUGUCGCAUAAAAGAGGUCCUCUCCUGGCAACGAAGCCCCACUGGCUCGACUGUUGAUGACAAGGAUGACCUGGAGAGCAUUAUUUCAGAGGAUAGCAUAGACUUCAGCACGCCGCCUCGGGACAGUACGUUUUUCACUUGGACCAUGUGUUGUCUUUACUUUUUGCUGUGGGCUACUCUGUACAUCAUUGCGAUUGAAACUGAGUUUGGCGCUGCGUAUUUUGUGAUAUCCGCACUGAUAUUUAUUUACUUUAACACAAGGUCGGGACCUAAACGAAAAGGAGAAGUCAGUGCAUACUCGGUUUUCAAUCCCAAUUGCCAAUCCAUUGAUGGAACCUUGAAGCCUGAACAGUUUGAACAAGAAAUCAGAUUUGGUGCGACAAGUGUACACUAGUGGUUGCGUGGUAUGUAUUGUU